UUCUCACAAAACCAUCUCUGUAACUUUCACAAUUUCCUCAAAUCCUCCUACCUUCUUCUGGAAUUUUCUUCGGAAUGGCGAGACCCGAUCAGGAAGGAGCCGUCGACAUGUUCAUGAGCAUCACCGGCGCCUCUCUAGCCGACGCUAUUCGGAAACUUGAGGAACAUUCCGGGGACCUCAAUGCAGCCAUUAAUGCUCAUUUCAGUGAAGGAGAUAGAAACAUAAGACCUGAAGUGCCUGGUUCUGUUGCUCUUUCUGAAGACGACGCUAUGGACAUUGAUGUCCUAAACCCAAUUGAGUCUAGACCUCCAUUUUCACAUUUAUCCUCUGAUAUAACCUCAAAUCCAUUUUCUCUUCUUGAACCUAACUUCACCAGAAGUAUAUUUGGUAGUGAUUUGGGUUCUACAAGAACUGCACCAUUGGUUUCACAUCCAAGAGAAGUUAGGGAGAUCCCAAUUGAAGUGAAGGACGGGGAUGGGCAUUCAAGUCAUUCUGGAAGGGCUCCUACCAUUGAGGAUGUCACGGACAUUGAGUAUCAUGGUCCAGAGAUCCAUGGGACUGUCAUAAGUGAUGACAACGAUAAUGAAACUCCAAACAUUCCAAGUGUGCGCACUUUUACACAUGAUAUAGCUGGUGAUGACAUAUUUAAUGACGUUUCUACUGCAGCCCAUCACAGACCAAGUGCUCCUGGAUUCAAUGUUUUGUCAGAUUCCUAUAAUGAUAUAGAAGAGGAGAUGAUUCGUGCAGCAAUUGAAGCUUCCAAAGUGGAUGCUGAAAUUUCAAACAAAAAAAUUGAUGUCUCCAGUGGUUCAAGGGAUGCUAUGUCUCAUCAAGAAAAUGCUCCUGUUGAGGAUGCUGAUCUUGCACAUGCUGUUUCACUUUCACUGAAGGCUGCUGAGCUGGAGAACGCUAAGGAAGAACUAGAAGGGAAGGGCACAUCAGAUCAUGGGAAAUCAGCUUCAUCGAGCAGGAGGUUAGUGCGAGGAAGUUCAUCUAUUGAUGAUGAUGACACUGAUGAUAAGGAAGCACAACCACUGGUUGGACGCAGGAGUAAACGUACAUCUUCCUCUUCCUUUGGCACUUAUAGAAAUGAAGACAAUGCGGCUAAUCCAGUUUCAAGUCCUAGACAUGGCAUUCCUGAGGUUCCUGACAGUGGAACCGAUUACCACACUGAUGAGUGGGGUGGUAUCUCAUCUGAGGAGCAUGAUGAAGCUGUCAUGCUUGAGGCUGCAAUGUUUGGUGGUAUACCCGAGGGCAGUGGAUAUCGUCUACCACAUGUGGCACACCAUCUUAUGCAGGAUGGUUCAGAUAGAUAUAUGGGGCCUUUUAAUUGGCAAACACCUCGCCCACCCUCUCCAACUCUCGUGGCUCAACGUUUAUUACGGGAACAACAGGAUGAUGAAUAUCUUGCUGCACUGCAAGCUGAUAAAGAGAAGGAAUUGAAGGCGAAGCAAGAAGCCGAAGCUUCUCUUGUCGAAGAGAGGCGGAAGGAAGAAGAAUCACUAAAGAAGUUGGAGGCGGAGAAGGAAACUGAGAGACAGUUAGCAGCCAAAGAAAGUUCGCUACCUCAGGAGCCAUCUUCUGACGAUGAGAAUGCUGUAAAUCUUGUUGUACGGAUACCUGAUGGAAGCAGGAGAGGUCGGCGGUUUCUUAAAUCCGAUAAGCUGCAGUGUCUGUUUGAUUUCAUUGAUGUCGGAAGGGUGGUGAAGCCUGGCACAUACAGAUUGGUGAGACCAUACCCAAGGCGCGCAUAUAGCACUGAAGAGGCUUCCUUAACUCUGAGUGAACUUGGCUUGACCAGCAAACAAGAAGCAUUGUAUCUGGAGCUCAUAUAGGUUCUCUUUUACAUUUCCUGUUUUUGAGCAACACGAAGACGCCUAUCAAACUAGAAAUGUUUUAUUGUAUUGUGUGAUGCGUUCUUCCUCGACGACUCGUACGAAAUUAAUGGAAUUUGCUGUGAUGAGUUGGAUCUUGCUCUUAGUAUGCGAUUUCGGUGGUUGCAGCAUCGUGUUAAUAAUUUAUGAACAAGCAU